AUGUCACAUCUGGAUUUAACUCGAGAAUGGCUGGGUAAUGUUUUACGACGUUAUCCCGCCAAAGAUCGAAUAAUAAAUGAAGUCAUCAAGAUCUUAUCUGAACGGAAGACGUUGAGUGUAAAGACAGAUGCAUUUACAUUCAAUUCAGGUCAAACGGCUUUACUACUCCUUCUUCACGGAACUUUACCCAUUAAUUACAGAGGUUCGACGUAUCAUAUACCAAUACAUUUAUGGGUACCUCAUGAUUAUCCUAAAUCAGCUCCAAUGGCUUUUGUGACUCCGACGAAAGAAAUGGGUAUAAGAAAAAGUAGAGAAGUUGAUCCUUCAGGUAGAGUAAGAGAAGAAAUCUUAGAUGAAUGGUGGAGGUCUUAUCAGACACAAGAAAUAGAUCAUAUCAUAAAUCAACUCAUAUCGAUAUUCUCUAUCACCCCUCCUGUAUAUGCCAAACCGCCCGAAUCAUCUUCUCCUGCUCCCGCACACUUGUCCAGAAAUCAGAUUUCAUCGCCUAUACAAUCUAGACCUCAACCGUCAUCUCAACCUCAACAACAUUACAAUGUUCAAGCAACUCAGAGUCAACCUCCCCCGCCUCCAGCCAGACCUGCUUUUGGACCACCUCCUACUCAGGAAAUCCUACCUCAAUAUCGACCUGCUCCUACUCCACCGCCACAUCCAUUCUCCCAAGGAUCAGGCUCAGGCUCACAUUCAAGACAAUCAUCAUCAACUUACCCCAUCUCCAACACACCCCCGCCCGGACUCCAAUCACAAACACCACAUUCACCUUCUAUACCUAAUCGACCAGGUAGAACACCUCAGCCUCAAUCGCCUAUAUCAAGCUCCGGCGGUCCAACAAUACCACAACGACCUUAUAUACCUCAAUCUCCACACCAACCGCUACACCAGCACAGUACAGGAUUUCCUCAGUUGCCUAUCACCCUACCUAGAAAUGAUCAACCUCAUCAGUACAUCAACGGGUACCAGCCAGUGUUUCCACAGGAAUCAGCACAAGGAUAUCCUCCUCAAACAAAUGGGCAAUAUCCUCCUUCGCAGCAACCAUAUCGGAAUCAACAAUUACCAAGUGUAAAUCCUACAUCACCUCAUUUUAUAGCACAACAUCCAAAUUCUCAGCAAAGUCAAAUGCAAUCUCAGCAGUACCAUAAUCCACCACAACCUCAACAGCAGCCCCGACAACCACAACCUCAGCCACAGCCACAACGGCCCAUACAGGCUGGACCACCUGUCGCAAGACAACCGGUAGACCUUUUAUCAUCACCUGAACCAUCUUCACUACCACUUCCAUCAUCAGAUGCUCCUCCACCGAUACCUCCUUCCAAACCCCCACCUCCAUCAUUACAGCAUCUUCACUCGAUCCUCUUGCCUCACUUACAGGCUUCUUUGCCACCGCUGAUACAUUCAUUGCAAGCCACACGUACUCAUCUGCUGGAAAGAAGGGAAGAUCUGGUUUCAGGAGAACCGGCAAUCAGGGACGAGAUGGCUAGAUUAGAAGCUGUAAAGAAAGUAUGCGAUUCAACAGGAAGAAAAUUAGGUGAUGUUGUCAAAGCAGGUGAAGACAGAGUAGCGGAAUUAGAAGGCAAAGGUGAAGUGAGCGUGGAUGAGCUGAUCUGCGGAAUCAGCAUUGUGCACAAUCAACUCAUCGACCUUGUGGCGGAAGAUAACGCAAUUGAAGACACUAUAUAUCACAUGACGAGAGCAUUGGAUGCUGAAAGAGUUGAUCUGGACAGGUAUCUAAAGUCAAUCCGAUCGCUUGCAAGAGAACAAUAUAUGAAACGAGCGUUAAUUGAAAGGAUAUUGCAAGGUAUGGGACAGACUGAACGGUGGUAA